CACGCGAACGCGAGUCGAGGUUGCUUGCCGCUGUCGCCGGCCGAACUGCGUCACACGUGACGACGGAAGCCCGGUGGGCCGGCGCCAGCGCGAGACCUGCCCUUAGCAACGACCGCGGCAUCCCUAGCAACGAGGCCUAACCCGGGCUUUUAACCUUCGGGGAGGCUGGAGGAAGGCGGCUGUGGGUUCAGUGUGAGCUGGUCAAGUGACGCUCUGGCUGAAGUUCUGUCGGUGCAGCUGUAAGAAUGGCCGGCCGAAGUUCCACUUUGGAUUCAACCUCUCUGUGAGCCAAGCCAGCAUCUUGCUUCCAACAGCGCCCAACUUGGGGGGGGGAGCAGAGCCAUUGCAGCUGCAGACUGCCAGGUGGGAGGGUGUCUGAAGUGGACCUCCUCCCUUAGUAGGUCCUUAGUAGGGAAGGACUGUGGCAGCGUGUUUGCCUUGCAAGCAGAAGGGCCCACAUUCAGUCCCCAACGGCAUCUCCAGGUAGCCUUGCUACCUUUGUUCUGGCAAAAUAUGGGUCGGGGUGAUUUUAUUUUAUUUUAAUCUGAUGCUGAUGUGACUUCAAAGCAAUCUAUUGCACUCUAUUGCAGCCUAACAGGAUGGCCCCUCUGGAAUUUGCCACAAGCACAUGCAGAUACACAUGAAUUUGUAAAUCUCUCUGUGCUUGGCCACCCAGAGCUCAAAUACAUGACCUGUCACACACCCUUUCAAACACAUGCAUUUGGAGAGGAUCCCUAACUUGGCAGAGAGAGAGAGAGAAGACCUAAAAUACAGGACAAAAAAACCAGUAUCAAUACAGUGAAAUACGGGACAAUCCUGUACUAUACAGGACAGGUGGCAACCCUAGCUAGGUAAGGCUGAGAGAGACUCCUGGCUGAAAUUCUUAAGAGCCGCUGCCAGUCAGUGUAGACAGUAUUGAGCUAGACGGACUUCUCCUCCAUUGGAGAUUUUAAAGCAGAGGUUGGUUCGCCAUCUACCAUGGAUUCUUUAGCUGAGAUUCCUGUGUUCUUUGAUUCUAUGACUUGGUGUAAAGCUAACUGUGUCCUUCAAAACUGCCUCAGCUCAACAACAAGGAUAUUGUUGAGCCCCUGGGAAAGGUUCAGGAAAGGCCCACCAAAAUGAUCAAGGGGAUGGAGAAACUCCCCAAUGAGGAAAGGUUGUCGUACUUGGACUUCUUAGUUCAGAGAAAAGUGUCUGCAACAGGCCAGGGCAAUCCAUUUGAGUUCUAAUCUUGGGGGCCACUUCUUCUGCUCAAGAUGAGUCGAAUGUAUGAUAGCAUAGAGCCCAAUGUAAUCGAUGAAGAGAUGCUGCAGAAGGCCGUUGAGGAGCAAGGACCUAAAGAUGAAGCAGGCAUCCUGGCCAAAAACGAGGGCAUCAAUUUCAAAGAUGUCUUGGCACUGCAGCUUGAUUUUAGAAAUAUCCUGAAGAUUGACAACCUCUGGCAGUUCAAGAACCUGACAAAAUUGCAGUUGGACAACAACAUCAUUGAGAAGAUCGAGGCACUGGAUACUCUGGUUCAUCUGGUCUGGCUGGAUUUGUCCUUCAACAAUAUUGAAGUCAUUGAAGGCUUAGAUGCGCUCGUUAAAUUGCAAGAUCUUAGUCUGUACAACAACAGGAUUUCUAAGAUCGAGAAUCUGGACACGCUCCAAGAACUUCAAGUCUUCUCUAUAGGAAAUAAUAACAUACAAACUCUGGAAAAUGUGAUCUAUCUCAGGAAGUUCAAAAACCUCCGCACGUUGAAUCUCACCGGGAACCCAGUGUGCGAAAACGAAGUGUAUACCACAUUCAUCGCCGCUUAUCUCCCUGACCUUGUGUACCUGGAUUUUAGACUGGUAGAUGACAACACGCGAGAGAUGGCCCUGAUAAAAUACCAGUAUUCCAUCGAGGAGAUGAGACAUGGGGAAACUCUGGCCUCGGCCAAGCAGCAGGUUCUGGAUGCCCAACAGAAACAGGUGGAAUAUCACAAGCUCGCUUACGUGGAGUAUCUGAAUGGAAGCUUCCUCUUUGACAGCAUGUUUGCAGACGAUCCCGAAGCACCCAAACUGCUCUACCUCCCUGGAGUGCCAGAGCUACUGGAGAUAUACAAGACUAAAUUUGUGGCCAUUUGCGAGAACCUGUUUGAGUAUGGCCUGAAGCAAUACGAGAAGCGAGAGGCUGAGGUCGCCCUCUUCUACGAGUGCCUCAACGAAGCCCUGGAAGAGAACCAUCAGCUGUGUUCCAAAUACCUGCACGACUUUGAAGAGAAGAAUCAUGGGGUGAUAGAUAUGAUUCAGAACCUCAGCGACAACCAAGUUAUAGAGAUGAAACUGGCUGAAUACAACUUUGAAAUCACAAAGCUCUCGGACGUGCUCAUGACUGAGGAGAUGCUGCUGGUCGAUCAGCUGGAGGAAGUGAUAAAGGAUUUCGAAAGGAACAUCGCUGACCUGGUGUCGAACUUUAUAGAAAACGAACAAGGAAUGAUGGCUCAGUGCCGGGAUCUAGAGAACCAGCACCACGAGAAGCUCCUGGAGAUAUCCGUCAACACACUGGAGAAAAUAGUGAAGAGCGAGUUUGAUGAGGAGAUACCGGAUGACGUCCGUAUGCUUUUCGUGGACAAGGACACCAUUGUCAACGCCGUCAACGCCUCUCACGACAUUCACCUCCUGAAGAUUGACAACCGAGAAGAUGAAAUUAUCACCAAAGCCAAUAACUGGGUUUCCACACUGGUUGAGAAGGUUCACAAGACUGAAAUUCAAAGAAACCGAAGUCGUGUGAUGGAAAUUAACCAAUACGUUGACCAUCUCCGCAGCGAGCUGGACAACAUGGACAUUUUGGAGACGUAGCUGGCUUUUGACACUGAGCUGCCCCUGCCCCCCAUUUGGGGAUCUGUGUCUAUCUGCUUGGGAAGUGAAUCCACCCGGAAAAGACACCCUAAAAAUAUUGCCUCUAAAAAGAGACGCCCUACCGGAAGGAAUCCUCUGCCCCUCCAACGUUUGACGAUCAAAACAAGUAGACUAAAGCAGACAGUAAGACAUUGAAAAGCAAAAGGAGUUGACUUAAGUUGGUGCCUUUUAGUUAUAAAGGAAUUAUACAGGAAGUGGGUCAGUUCCAUCUUUUGCAUUAAUUUCAAUUACAUAGGUUGAACCUACAAAAAUUGUAGGCUAAUGAACAAAUUAAAACCCUGAUUAGAGGACCCAAUUAGCAUUGGUGUGCUGUCUAAAACUUGGUUAGCUCUGACAUUGAUUGGACCCUCAUUUCACAGCAUAAAUGGAACUGGCCAGUGGUGAAAGGCCCAAUGAGGGGAGAGGGUCUACGCAGGGAGGGCAGAACAUCUGCACUGCGCAGAGGAGCCUCUCCCCAGGGCAGAACAUUUCCAGAUAUGGUUCUUGGGCUUAUGUGGGGGCCUGCGCUAGCCCACUGAGCCUUACUGGCGAACACAUUGACACUCCUUUGGCAGCUGGGCAUCUCAGGGGAAAACCAGGAUUAGCAUGCAUGCUAUGGUUUAGGAAGCAUGUUCAAUGUAUUCUUGCAUAAUGUAUACAAAGGGAGAGCCUUCCUGUACUGGGGCUUCAAGCCCAUCCCUGAGCAGAAUCUCACUCCAUAACACGCUCAGCUGUUGAAUGAAAGUGGGACCAGGUUCUCCAAAUCUAGGCUCCUACAAAGGACAUUCUCCACUUUCAGAAGGCAGAUAAUCAGCAGACAAAAUAGGUAGUAAGACCAGGAAACAAUGUGAAGGAGGCUGCUUCAGGUGGCCAAAGUUCCCCUCCGUGAACAGAGAAAACGGAUAUGUCAGGCUACUGGCCGAGACUUCUCCUUGACAUGCUAGCUUUCUGUGUGCAAGGAAGUUUGUUUCAAGAUGGAGGAUCCCUCGGGAGAAUGAGGGAUCUAGGAUAAGGUACCACACAUGGCCCCCACAAAACAGCUCACAUCUUAAAACCAAGUCCAAGGAAUUGCCAGAGAUGGUUUAGUACUCUUGUUAGUUAAGGUUUGUUCCUAUUUAAAUUUCCCAGCCUUGCACCUGUGCCAUGAUUGUAAAAGGCAAAGAAUCACAAUUUUCCUUUCCACACCAACCAAGGAAAUAAAGGGUGGCUGCAGCUAUUUUUAACCCAGGCCAAUUUGUAGGGGUGUGGAGUGCUUCUAACUUUGCAUGUGGUUGACAGCCAACAAGGGGUACCGUUGUAUUUCCUGAAAAGCUCAGAAUUCCCUCCCCAAUGAAGUAGCAGACUGCAGAACAGCUGGACAGAAUCACAGCCCCAGUUUUUUAGGGGGGAUCUUGGACCUGCUCCUUUAAAAUUGUAUCAUCCUCGUAGCCAUGUGCUUGGACUUUGCCAUUUUUCUGUAAAACUCCCAUUCCUGUUUUCCUAAAGGCAGGUGCAUCCAUCAACCAGUGGACAAAGCUGUUAACCCCCAGGUCUGAGAACGGCCAGAGCCUACAGGGUCUUGACCACAGCAGUGAUGCUAGACUGCCUUGGCUGGCCCCCUCCACAUAGCCCUGUUGCCCCAGUACAUUCUCUUAUAGGUCAACCUAAGCCUAAAAAUCAGGUUCAGACCAGUUUUGCCUAGAAUGGUCUUUACCCAGAUUAGCUCUCCAGGGAUCCAGCUCUGCAACCCAAAAUCUUUUCGCUUUAGCUGAACCUGGAGCAGCUUCAAAGCAAAUGUUUGGGCCAGAGAGCUCUGGCACUGAAACAAACUCAUUUUAAACAAACACACACACACAAAAAAAAUCCAUAUUGCAUGUAGAGGCACCAAACA